AUGAGUUUCAAUACCUUGGUUUCAGUACUCAUUGCUUUGGCAGCAGUAUCUGCUAGCACAAAGCCAGACAAAAGAAGUUUGGUUACUUGGGAACCGGCCGGCUGGUCUAGCGCGGGAGGGUGGGUUCAAGAACACGGUUCUUCAGCUGACUCUAGCUCCGAUGUAGCAGGUGCCAUUGCAGCUGCAAAAGCUGCGGCUGCAGCGGUCAUGGCAGCACAACAUGAAGUCUCAGCGGCGAAGCAUGCCGCUCUGCAGCAACAAAGUGUUGCCAGUGCCAAGGAGGCGGCUGCUGCACAUGCUGCUCACAAAAGUGAGGAAGCAGCAAGAAAUGCUCGUGCACACGCAUUAGACGCUGCUCAGUCGGCGGUUCAGGCACAGGCACAGCUUGCCGCAGCCAAGGCUCGAGUAGCAGUCGCACAAAAAAUCGCCGCGUCCAGGGAAGCCGCUGCCGCUAAGGCUAUUCAAAGGGCAGCUAGCAGCCAGGCUGCUAGACUUCAAAGCGCCGACAUUGAAGCCUUGAAGCUGUCGGUAAUUCAAAGCUCCGGCGCGGCGGGUGCAGCGGGGGCAGCUCAACACGCCGCUACUGCCGCCGCGGCCGCUCUCCGACCCCAGGUUCCUGACUGGACAGCUAAACCUUGGGCUUCUGGCUGGACCCCGUCAGCUGGACCUUGGGCUUGGGCUUAGGUUCAAAUGAUUGAUGAUUUUGUUACCUACACGUGCAAAUGGCUGAUAUGACAAUUGAUACUUUGU